ACUGUCCACAGUUCACACGUCUUUUACGCGCAUCAAGCUGGGCAUCGGAGCGUCGAGACCACUGAUCUAAAAAAAAGACUGGAUCGAGCUUCUAUUGUUUUAUUUUUGAAGCCAAUGGAAAUUUGCGGCGGCCAUCUUGGUGAGACCACUUUGCUGUGAGACAACAGUAUGGCAACGCACUGGUAAAACUUCGAUUGAUCGUAUAGCCACCAAAAUCAACUGCUAAAGGUUAUAACUACUCUACUCAUCCUCGCUUCCUUCACUGGCACUCCUGAUGUUUUCCCCCGCUCCCUUCAUCUUUCUUCGUUUAUUGCACCCAUAUGCACAACACUGCGUUCCGGUUUUUCCCAUAUUUUUCACUAAUUCUGCGUUCGUAUACCAGCACAAUCACAAAGCUGUGGCGCGUAAGGUGGUCUCACCAAGAUGGCGACGAUCGAAAAAAUCUGGCUUCAAAUUUUGGCGCGUGAAAACAAUAGGUUGCUCGAUCCAGUCUUUUUUUUAGAUCAGUGGUCGAGACCAUGUUUGUGGUUCAUCCGCUCCUGUACGGGGGAAGGCGAAGGUGGAGGCCGGCCUGGAGGACGGUAGGCUGGCUUGUCUCCUUCACCUCCUCAACAAUGAUGGCAGCUUGUUUCAAGUCAGCAGCUCACACGACAUAUCUUUGGAUGGUUAUCUUUACUUCUUUGGGGAAGGUCCUUUUCUGUUCCCAGUCAAGGCAUGCCUGGAGGAGUUUGGUGUAGAAGAAAAGCAUGCGCAAGCCAGGUCCAACAUCAGUUAUCACGGUUAUCAUUGUUAUCACGUGAGGAGACUUACUGUGCUUCAAAGCAAACGAUGGUUCUUCAUGGCUGGAGCCUCAUCGCACACACACAACGUUAAGCCUGUAACACUGACUCCACCCACAUUGGGGGUGACAUGCCACCUAUGUACGCAUCCAGGAAGAGAAAGACUCCACCCACAUUGGGGGUGACAUGCCACCUAUGUACGCAUCCAGGAAGAGAAAGACUCCACCCACAUUGGGGGUGACAUGCCACCUAUGUACGCAUCCAGGAAGAGAAAGACUCCACCCACAGGAGUCCAUCGGACGCCAGAACCCACCCACCACAUGAAGGACUGCCACAAAGUGAGCGUGUACACGUGCACACGUCCACCGUUGUGAUGCUGAGAAGUUUAUGCACGUGACGCUCAUGUUCGAAUGCUUCAGAGUGAUUAGUGUCGAGUCCAAGAAGUUGAGAAGAUGAAAAGAACUCCUGAUAAAAGCAGGACUGGUUUGUGACAAACAAAAAGGCAGCAAAGAAGUUUGAGAAGUUCUUCAAAAAGAGUCUAAGAGCCCAAAGAGUCUUUCCACAGCACAGAGCAGCAGAUGAUGUACACGUACCACCACCAGCAAUUCCAUGAGAUGCAGCCCCCAACCCCAGAGUACCACAGCUUCCUCCUACUCGCUAACACCCACCUGAGCAGCGUGUGCUGCAUUACACCUCUCUAGAGCCUCCACCUGGGCCCAUGUGGAUGGAUAUGAAACAAGCCCCGAUUGAGAUCGAGGACAUGCACGGCGGGGAUGGUGCAGAGAGAGGUGGCGAGAUGAUGGAGGUAGACAGGAGACAGAAGAACGACUACUUCAUUUUCAGCAGCGAGUGCAGCAACUCCAACGCCGAGCAACAUGGCCGACACAGACUCCCUGACCAGUGGGGUCAGAGAUGGUCCGCUGCAAUGGAGGCGUCAAGGCAGCAGAGACUCACUUUAAAAGGUCCCAGAUGGUGCUCAGUAGGACAAGAAGAAAAGAGUUUUCUACACGUGAUGUGCUACAAGAGUACAAACAACAUAUUAUUCAAAUCUUCAUCUGGUGCUCUUUGUGGCUUGUGCUUCUGUUCAAGAUCACAAAUUGAGCAAUGGCUACUCCAGUAUAUUUGAUGAGAUAAUGGGCGCAGUCCCCCAUAUGCCGUUAGGGGGCGAUGAGCGCCGUCCUUGCUACUAUAUUAACAUGGCCGGCUGAUGUAAGCACAGCGUGAGUUUCAGCCACAACAAGUGCUUCAUAGUUCUCCUGAUAAGUGGGAAUGUAGCAGUUUCUUGCGGGCUAAAAGCAAAUGAGGUGUUUUUUUUUAGGACUAUCUGAUGUUAAUACGCGACAGAUCAGUUCACCGGCUUGCGGAAUCGAUCCUACGUGGCCAGAUCCGAGCAUCGUGGACUCUGUACGCGGGUUGUCAGCCUUCGCCACCAAAAAGGUGCUGGUGGGACCUACAGGAGCAGGCGCAAAGCUACAGUGAGAAAAAACAUCUUCUACACAUGUGGAGACAUCUGACAAGAUCAUGAAAGAAACGGCAACCGUAGAUGCUGAUGACCCGGAGCAAGGUCAAGAGACGCCAUCCAAACCCUCCUUUGAUUUGGUGCCCAGCCUGAAAGGUCGGCAGCGCAGGAAAAACCCCAGAUAUUCAGACUAUGACACGAGAGACACAAACGCACAUGAGAGGCAAAGUGAUGAGGAAAAGUCUGCUACAAAGAAGCUGGGAAAGGAGGUGACGCCUCAAAAGACGCCUGCCAAGCGAGGGCGGCCGAAGAAGGUCCCCCAGCCGAGCGUGGACGAAAAAGCAGCGUCUCAAGUGUCUAACGGGGAAAUGUCAACGAAAAAGACCCCUGCAGCAAAAAGGCCCCCUUCAAACAAAACUCCAGCUAAAACAAACAUUAACAACACCUCCCCUGGGCCGGGGGAGUCUGUAGAGAAUGGGACGCCAAAGCCCAAGAGGAAGUACGUGAGGAAGCAGGUAGUCAAGGCGGAGCCAGUCGCACGCGAGAAGAGUCCAGAAGUACCCGAGGAGGCGGAACCAGGAGGGCGCCGCAGGAGGAGCGCUGCUAAAAUGGCGAUGAAGUUCCUCCACGCAAUGGCUCAAGAGGAGAUCAGUCAUUCCGCUGAAGAUCCACAAGCGAACAGUGACUCCAUCCCCAAAACAGCAGAACCUGCGAGCUGUAACAUAAGUUCUCAAGGUGGAAAAGGACGCAGAGGUCGCAAGAGAAAAUACUCCGACAGCGACGGCGCAGACGACCAAGAUUUUGUUCCAGAUGUGGAGGAAGAGGAAGUGGACAAUGAGGAGGAGGAGGAGGAGGUGGAAGACGACUACGACGAUGAUGAUGUAGAGGAGACAGACUGGGAUUCAAACUACAAAAGAAGCUACAGCAGCAGCGCCUCAGGCACCAAGCUGGAGAAGAAACUGGCCAGCAACAUGAUGAAGACCAUUUGGGAGGCCUUCAAUACAUACAAGGAAUUCCGUAAGGUGCACCACAGCAGCUUGCUGUUCUCGGAGUGGAUUCCCUCCUCCAGUGCCUGGACCCCGGUGCCACAAAGUGAAGUGGAGGCGUAUCUUCCCCAGGAGCGCCGAUCAGCUGCUUUCAAAGUGUCAAGGGAAGGUUGCAAAGAGGAGGCGUGUCUGCAGAGACUCAGCAGGUUCGAAGCAGUACCUCCUCACCAGGACUACUGGGACAUGCACCUGAACGCAGGCGGGCCGGUGUGGGCCAUGGAGUGGUGCCCGACGCCCGACGGGGCCGUGGUGUCUCAGUACUUGGCUGUGGCCUGCCACAGAAACAUGGACGACCAGCACUACCUCCACAAAAACUACUCUGGACCUUCCCUGGUGCAGCUGUGGUACCUGGGCACGCUGGAGUACAACAGCAGGCCCACCUCACAGCCUGGUCUGGCUUACGGCCUGGUCCUGGACAAAGGUUGCAUCUGGAACCUGAAGUGGUGUCCAUCAGGGGUCUGGGAGAUGCCCUCCACCAGGAAACAGGCCCCUUUCCUGCCCAGACUUGGGCUGUUGGCAGUGGCCACCUCCACUGCUGUGGUCACCAUGUACAGUCUGCCCCAUCCUGAAGCUCUGAACAUCAGCCAGAAUCUUCCAGACUCUGGCGGCAGCGGCCAGCGUGGGUCCAUUUACAAGCCCGAUCCUGUUCUCAGACUCAAGCUGGGCUCCUUGAAAUCGCUUCGUCUGGAUCAGAGUGGACAGGUUCUGUCCAUGGACUGGCUGCCCGUCCAACCACACGACGUCAUCGCUGUCGGGUUCUAUGAUGGUAUUGUGGGUCUGUGGGAUCUGAACACAAAGUCAGCGUUGUUGCGCGUUCAGGGGUCACAUGACUCUCUCACCCUGCUGCCGUUCAAAUGCUUCCUGGCUCACGACCAUGCCGUGCGCGCUCUGGCUUUCUGUCCUGCCAACAGAAAUCUUUUAGUGACCGCGGGGGAAGACCGCCUUUUGAAGACAUGGGACCUGAGGAGGCUUUACGGGCCAAUCACGGUCCAGAAACGCUCUGUGCCCAAUGAGAUCUACUGGCCCAUGAAUUCAGCAGGACUCCUUUGGGCCCAGGAGAGCGCCUACGCAGCAACCUUCUCUCAAGGAGUGCAUUACUUUGACCACAAGAUGCGCUCCUACUUUGCUGUCCCCAGAAUGAUCACGACGUGGUCCAUCUCUUACUCUGAUUGGCUGAACAGUUUGGUGACAUCCGACGUGUUGGGUGAGGUCAUUUUCGCCACCUUACCUUCAAAUAUUUCCACGUUUCAGGCCAUCAAACGGCCCGUUGAGAGAAGAUUUCCUGUCUACUUCACCACCCUGGAGCCUCAUGAGGACACUGGAGAGGAGCAAGACGAGCCGGUGGAUGCUGGCUGUGAGGAGGAGGAGGAGGAGGCAGAGGGAGGAAGUGGCGGCAAGGUCAAUGUUCCUACUCGACAGCUUGAGACGUACAAAGAGGCUGAGAGGAAGUUCUACCUUCAUCACACAGACAGCAACAUGCUUUUAGGCACGAGCGGACGUCUGUGGAAGCAAAUGCAAGCCAGUGAGCUGAAGAGCAAGAUCAACAUGGACCACAUGCCGUUGGCCGCACUGCACAAGGUGCGUCUGAACCCCAACAUGACCUGCCACACGUGGCUGGCGUCGGCGGGCCAGGCCGGCCUGGUCCGCCUCAACUGUCUGAGGAUCAUCAACAACCCCGACAUCCACGCCACCAUCCGCAAGACCCGGGCUCAGUUUGAGGCCCGACACCCCCCCACCAAGGAUGCCCCUGCGUGACCUCUGCCGUUAGCAUGGGCAUGCGAACUGGAGGAGGACUUUGCAAUCAACUCAAGAGGAGACAUUUGUUUUUGUCGAAUCCUAAAGUGAGCACAAAGGUGGCUUUUUCUUUUCAUCAAGUCAGGCCACGGCUGCAGAAAUACUUGAACUUGAUCUUUUUUAAACCUUUUUUUUAACAGCAGUCCUUCAGUGCUGAUGCUGAUGCUCAUGCAAAGUGUGUUUACAGCCCUUAUUUCAUGUAAUGCUAUCAUGCUCAGUCAACAGGAAUCCAGAUAUCAGCGCAUAAAGACUUGUACAUAAGUACAAUGUACAGUACCUAUCUUAUGUACAGAAUCUUGCUUGGAAUGUUUUUUCCUCCAAUCCAGAACUUCAAUAGGACUCAUUUUGUAAUGUCGAGAUAUUAUUUGUAAUUGAGGCGAUUAAUAAAUAAAGAUGACAUAUUUCAACAAUGAUUUUGAAAAUAUCUCCAACAUUUUUAUCCUGAUUUUAUCAUUUAUCUCAUUACUAGGGAUGGAAAUCUCUUUGUGGUAGACGAUUGGAUACGCAUCUACAAUAGAUACAUGGGUUAAAGGUACAGAAACAGAACGAUUCGAUACAGUCUACAAUGCGAUUCGAUACGAUUCAAUGAUUACAUUUGUUGGUGUAGACAUGACUCUUGCAUGAUAAAAUAAAGAAGCCUAUUGUAAAAAGUGUCAUUCUUAUGGUAUUUUCAAUUGUGUAAAAGAGCACAUCAGGCCACGGGAAACAUUGAGGCGCAAUGAUUUAAAAAAAAAAAAAAAAACACUUGCAAAAAUAAAAUAAUUUGUAAAUACAUCAAAUGUUAUGUAAAUUAAUAUACAGUCAAACCUGUCUUAGCGGCCACCUUUAUAGAACGGCCACCUGCCUAUAGCGGCCACUGGAAAAUCCCCCACAGCAAAUGUACGUGUUGUGGACCCUGUGUAUAGCGGUCACCUGUGUAUAGCGGCCACUUUUGCCGUUUCCCUUCAGUGGCCGCUAUAGACAGGUUUGACUGUACAUUUAGAAAUCCCCCAGUUUUUGCAUGUUAAAUGUGAGCGACAACUUGUCCCACUUUGUUUUGCGGUCCUUGAACAACAUCUAACUUUCUCCCACGCUGCACAGAUAGACUACUAUACUGUAUUUUUCCCCUUUUUCUUUCACCUCAUAUUUUGUCCCAAAUGCUGAUACUAUGUUAGAAUGCAUAAAGGUAAGAUUUGAUGACCUUAUUACCGUAAGUGCUAAUGUACAUAUUUGCUCGGUGCAACUCUCUGAAAAACACACUCCAUGCUUGUACUGGUGC